AUGCGCACAUCUGCAAGGACAAGUCCCAUGCGCUCUGCAAAGAGCAGCAGUCCCAGUGCCACGUCCAGCAGUGAUGGGUCAGAACACUCAAAGAGCACUGUUCCAACUGUCUAUAGUCAUCGCCCUGUGGUGAAGCAACAGAGUCCCUUUUAUACGGGAGAUGCGCGAGAUUCCACAUCCACUUAUGCCUCCACCGUCCCUUCCUUCGAGGAUCUCCCCGAUGAGCCCCGGUAUGAGGUCGUGACGGACCGACAUGAGACAUUCCCGUCUAAUGCCAUCCCUUCGAAUCCAUCCACAUUCGCAGAAUUGUUUCCGUCAGGGAGACGCCUCUUGAUCCGCCAUGAUGAUUCGACCAUCGACGGCAAUAUGAACCUGAGGGUCGAUACGUUGGUGCAGCAGGAUGGCCGCAUCCCGCAAGAGGUGACUCUCUACCACCUUCGAAUGCACGAUCUGCACACCCGAAAGUUCUCAUUUCGCCGCUAUUGCCGGGAAUCGGGCCGAGAAGUCUGUCAUUCGGUAAGGAAGUUCAAUCAGUCGGCCGUCGCGAAGCGGCCCCUGCGACGGUCGUUGAGCACCGUCUUGUCCAAUCUGCGACCUGGAUCGAGUGGGAAUUCGUCCGCAGUCGCAAACUUGAAGAGGCAGGAUUCGGGCUACAAGUCGGGAACGGACGAGGAUGUGUUCUUUGAUGAUGACUCUAUGGCCGGAUCUGAACAAUCCACGACGCCGACCAACACGAUCUUACUCGAAUUUUCCAAUUAUGCGCAUGUGGAUGUCAAACGACGGGCACUCAACCCGUUCAAACGGUAUGAAUUUGAAUACUGGAGCACCAAAUACCAAUGGCGACGGGAAUCUCGAAAGGAAGGCGAUUACAAGGAGAUCUCGUACCAUCUGGUUAACAUGGACACGUCCAAAACCGUGGCACACAUCGUUCCAGAGGUAUUGACGCCCAUGGAGAUGGUCGAGGAAGAAAGCAAAGGCGGCUGGGUCCCGCCAUGUUCUAUGUGGAUCAGCGAUCCAUCGAUCUACGAAAAGAUGCAUGAUGUUGCUGACGUUGUCGUUGCCACUGGUCUGAUCGCGCUUGUCGAUGACAGCAUCAGACGCCGCUGGCAUAGCAAGAGGCAUGUACUUCUAAGUCUGCCCAAGAACCCUUUCAUGAGGAAUGUAGACGCGGUGCCCGGGAAAAAAUUGAUUGACGAGAUGUACCACCGCUGCGGGUCGGCAUAG